AUGGCGAUGCGGUGGCGGCUCUGUGUGUGCAGCCUGGGGAUCCUCCUCCUGGUGCCGUGUUCUCUCUCUGAAGAGUUCUCUCUGGCUGACUUCCCACACCCUGUGAUGGGAAUAGUUGGCCGGGAUAUGGUGUUACGCUUCCAGUUCUUGUCCCCAGGCAGGCUGCCCAGCAUGGAUGUGCAAUGGAGGAAAAUUGGAUCAGGAUUUAUCUUGUUUCAUGAGUACAGGAAUGAGGUUACCCAGGACCUCUGGGGGGCAGGGGGGAGUUAUCAGACCCAGACGGAGCUGUUUCUGCAGGAGUUCAGCAGCGGGAACAUCUCCCUGAAGCUGAAAUGGCUCCAAGUGGCAGAUACUGGGACAUACCAUUGCUUUUUGAAGAACACAGAAUGGAUCCAGGAAGCCACCACUGAGUUACUGGUUGCAGCUGUGGCUCCAGUGUUCAUUGAUGUGCUGGGCCCCCGGGGCCAGGGGAUCGGGCUGGCCUGUAGAUCCACGGGCUGGUUCCCCAAACCCGAACUCCAGUGGGUUGGAAAGAACCGUCAGAACCUGGCGAUGGAGAUUGUGACCAAGAUGUCUCAGGACAGGGAGAACCUGUAUAGUGUUGUGAGUCACGUCACUGUCACAGGAGGAGAAGACAAUGAAGACAUCAGCUGUAUAGUGUGGAAUGGCCUGCUGGAGUCCGAGCAACAAUCUGCCAUUCACCUCUCACGUGACAUCUUCCCCCGUGUUUCUGCCUGGAUGGCUGCAUUCUGGGUAUUGUUCGCUCUGGUUCUCAUUGCUGGUGGAGCUUAUGCAUAUCGUGAAUACUCAGCGAAGCAAAAGGCCCCUCAGAAGAAACAAUCUAAAAAGGAGGCUCUGUUAAAUCUGGAGAUUGAGAAGACGAUCUUGGAAACAGAGUGCUGGGAGCUGCGUGAGAAGCUCGACAGGGCGGUCAGAGAGCGAGGUUUCAGGAGGGCUCGGAGCUACAUGGUUCCUGUCACCCUGGAUUGGACAUGCACAUACGGCAAACUCACCAUGUCUGCAGAUGGCAGAACAGUCUGGCACAACCCGCCUUCCCAAGAGCCGGCUGCCCCAUCUGGGCCCCUGAUCGCUGUGGGGAUGGAGGGAUUUUUGGCCAGGAAGGAUCAUGAUAAGGAGGCAGGGGCUUGCCGGGUGUACUGGGAGGUGGAGGUGGGAGACAGCCCAGACUGGGUGCUGGGGGUGCUGAGUAGGACUGUGAGGAAGAAAGUGACAUGUCAGAGGAUGGAGAGUUUCCCUGAGGGGGGGUGCUGGGUUCUAAGGAGAUCUGGGGGGCGGUAUCACCCCAGGGAGGCCGACACUGUGAUCCAGAACUGGGGUGUGAUGCCGACAGUGGUUGGGGUGUAUCUGGAUCUAGAAGGGGGGAGUGUCUCAUUUUAUAGUGUCAAUUCAAUGGCCCUUAUCCUGGAGAUUCCUGUGGAAGGUUCUGAGGAAUUGUUCCCAUUCCUCAGCCCUGGUCACGCUGCAGGGCAGGACCAGGGGAAACCCCUCAGCAUCUGCCCCCCCAGCGACUGGGAUUUUCCCCUGAAAUUAGGAGUUAGUGGGUCUGUUAUUCAGGGAGAUCUCACAGCCCCUGCCCAGCCCCCUGCCCCCAAGAAUGGGGAAGGGACAGAAAAUGACACAGGGCCAUCCGCAACUGCAGAAACAACCCCAUCCGCUGCACAUUGCCCUGCCCCUGGAAACAAGCAAGUUAGAGAAAAUUUGCGAAAGCUCCUGCCCACCAACCUGCUCCUGAAGCGGAAACAGGGGGAUAAAACAGAGCAGGAGCAUCCACAGCUGGAAACAUCCCCCAAAGAGAAGGGGGAAAAGAAACCCCCAAACCCCCAGGUCUGA